AUGUCGACACUUGAUAUGUGCACUGUGAUUAAUGCCGACGAUCAAAAAGUCCCCGACAGUGUUGUUCCUUGCUUGCCUGUUAUUGCAGGAGCCAUUGACGCAUUGACCCCGCGAGUUCGACAAGGCGGCCGUGUGAUUUAUGUCGGCGCUGGCACCAGUGGAAGGCUUGGAAUCUUGGAUGCAUCAGAAAUUCCCCCGACCUUCGCCGCCCCGCGUGGGCAGUUCGUUGGUCUGAUUGCUGGUGGAGAUGCCGCAAUCCGAGAGGCUCAGGAGGGAGCCGAGGAUGAUGAGAAAGCCGGCGAGCAUGAGAUGAGAUCUCUCAAUCUGAAUCCAGAGCUUGAUACCAUUAUUGGAAUUGCAAGCUCGGGCCGCACGCCUUAUGUGCUUGGUUGUCUUGCUUUCGCUAAACGUCUCGGCUGCGUGACAAUCGCGGUUGUUUGUACAGUUCCUUCGGCGAUUGGCCUUUCAGGGAAUGUGGACUUUGUUAUUUCACCUGUGUCUGGGCCCGAAGUUGUCACUGGUAGCACCCGUCUUAAGGCCGGUACUGUCACGAAGCUGGUGUUGAAUAUGCUAAGUACCGGUACUAUGAUUCGCACAGGAAAGACUUAUGGAAACAUGAUGGUUGAUCUCGUAGCCUCAAAUUUGAAACUCGAGCAAAGAUCCCGUAAUAUUUUGCGGAGGUUGAGUGGAAAGUGCCAGUCCUCAUCCGACGCUGAAUUGGACACUCUACUUUCCAGAUGUAAUUCCAGUGUCAAACUGGCUAUUUUGGUUGCAGAGAGCGGGGAGUCGGUUGAGACUUGUCAGGGAUGCUUUGAUGCUGCGGGUGGAGUGUUGGCCAACGCGCUAGCUGCCAUCUCUAAACCCAUAGAACAAAAGCCCACAAGUACCGCCACUCAAAAACUUGCCUUAUGCAUUGAUGGUGGUGGUACUAAUUGUGCUGCUGUUGUGGCUGACGGCGCCAAGGUCGUGGGUCAGGGCUUUGCUGGUCCAUGCAAUCUAACCGACAGCAUUGGAAAUAUAGACGCAAUCAUUCCCACGUUACUUGACGCUGCUAAGGCUGCUUUGAAAGAUGCUCUGCAAAGCGACGUGGAACAAACAAAGUCUUCGUGGAGAGAACAUCCCCAAACAUCGUUCAGUUCUGUGUGGAUUGGACUGGCUGGUAUAGACCGGGCUGGACUGGAGGGAGUGCUAGCACCCAAACUGAGACAAGUGUUUGGAAUCACUCACAAAAAGGACCUCCAGUUAACCAACGACGUAGAUCUGUUGACUGCAGGUGUUCCGCAGUCCUUCGGUACACCAUCCAUCCUAGUGGUGAUCGCAGGCACGGGAAGUGUUGCAAUGCGAUAUAAAUGGACUGAAGCUGAACAAAGAUACGCUCGUUCGGCACGUUCUGGAGGCUGGGGCCACAUGCUCGGCGAUCAGGGUGGUGGCUACACGAUUGGUAUGAAAGCCAUCCAGCAUACCCUAGGAAUCUUCGAGGAUAUCACGUUGGGGCUCGACACAACUGGAGGUGAUGAACUUUCGAAAGCAGUUGCGGAGAAACUGGGGUGUCAAAUCUCCGAGAGUGCCAGUGUCGAUAUGUUGAACAAUAUUCUGACUCGGACCCACCCUCAGUGUGUGAAGGCACGCAUUGCGAGUAUUGCGCCUGUUGUUCUAGACUUGAUGGACAAAAAUAAUACCGCAUCGGCUAUCGUGAGCUCUCAAAUAACUUCACUUGUUGGGGAGACUCUUGGUCGCUUGGUGAAGCCUCAAGCUACUGGCUAUCAGCCAUGUGAGGCAUCUGUGCUGGUGUUGGCAGGAGGAUUGAUGAAGAAUGAUAGAUACAGGGCCACAUUUGAGAAGCAACUAGACUCACACGGUUUGUAUUUCAGAGGGACAGUGGUUGUUGAAGACGCGGCCCGUUCAGGCGCGACAUAUUUGAGUCGUUGA